ACAGGGUUGGAUAAAUAUAAAAAAAUCAUGUCUAAUCAAACAGAAGUUAUGAUGUUUGUUUUGAUUGGCUUUACAAAUCAUCUAGAGAUACAAAUCAUCCUUUUCAUAAUGUUCUUAGCAAUCUAUAUCUUUACUCUGGUGGGGAAUCUGGGUUUGGUUCUAUUAGUUGCCAUGGAUUUUCGGCUCCAUACUCCCAUGUACCAUUUCUUGAGUGUCUUAUCUUUCUUAGAUGCCUGCUAUUCCUCAGUGAUCACACCUAAAAUGUUGGUCAAUUUCUUAGCAGAGAAUAAGACCAUUUCCUUCUCUGGUUGUGUAGCCCAGAUGCUCAUCUCUAUAAGUUUUGGGACUACUGAGUGUUUUCUCUUGGCUGUCAUGGCUUAUGACCGUUAUAUUGCAAUCUGUAACCCCUUGCUCUAUACAGCCAUUAUGUCUCCACGAGUGUAUGUGCCCCUUAUAAUUGGUUCAUAUGUAGCAGGUGUUUUACAUGCCAUCAUACAUACUGUAGCUACAUUUCAUUUAUCCUUUUGUGCAUCCAAUGAAAUCAGGCAUAUCUUCUGUGAUAUCCCUCCACUCUUGGCCAUCUCUUGUUCUGACACUUAUAUCAACGUACUCCUGCUUUUCACAUUUGUGAGUUCAAUUGAGAUUUUCACCAUCUUGAUUGUCAUUGUUUCCUAUGGUUUCAUCUUGGCUGCCAUUCUGAGGAUACGUUCAACUGAAGGGAGGAAGAAAGUCUUCUCCACCUGUGGUUCUCACCUGACAGGUGUUUCUAUCUACCAUGGAACCAUCCUCUUCAUGUACCUACGGCCUACUGCCAGCUACUCUUUGAACCAUGACAUGAUAGUAUCUGUGUUUUAUACCAUUGUGAUACCUAUGUUGAACCCCAUCAUCUAUAGUUUGAGAAACAAAGAUGUGAAAGAGGCAAUAAAAAAAGUUUUGGGGAGAAAAAAGUUCACUAAUAAUCUUUUAAAUGCCUAA